AUGGGUAAACGAAAAGCUCCAUCUCCCAAUUCAGAAGAGGAGGACAUUGUGGUACGCAACUACCUGCGCAAAGUGAAUCGGCCCUACAGUGCGACCGAUGUCUUUAACAACCUCCACGGCAAAUAUCAAAAGAGCAACAUUGUUAAGGCACUUGAUCGCCUGACAGAGCAAGAGACAGUGGUGUCAAAAACUUAUGGGAAAAUGACCAUCUAUUCUAUCAAGCAGGAUAAGACAGAUAUGCUCCCCGAGCAAUUGGAAGCUAUGGAUGUAAACGUACAAACCCUUGCCAAUCAAGUAGAGAGCACCAUGCAAGAAAACCAGCAUUUAUCGAGCACAUUACGGGAUAUCACCAUUACACCUUUGACUCAAGAUGCUAAAGAGCUAGCAAGUAAACUCACUCAAGAGAACGAGACUUACAGAGGACGCCUGGAAAAGAUAAAACAAGGCCAGACUUUGCUAGCCCCUGAAGAGCGGAAACGAAUCGACACCGUACUUGAACACAUGAGAAAGGAAUGGCGUAUAAGACGUAAGAUGUUUGUAGACAUCUUUAGCACAGUGACUGAGCAAUCGGCUGACAAACCCGCUGAACUCAAGGAAGAGCUUGGUAUUGAAGAAGAUCCCAUUCCAUACGAACAUGUCGCGUCGCUGUAG